UCCAAGACGGUGAGUGAGUGUAUAUAUUUUGACCAAGCAUGUCAUGUCUUGUGUCAUCUGCCGCGUGGUGCGAGUAGCUGCGCUUCUUCAGGCAUGCCUUGCCCGCACCUGCUUCAGGGCCCCCGCCAGUGUCGAUGGCUGGUAUGGAAUUCAAUGGCGUGAGUAUCCCUUCGUUGGUACGGGCAGCUAUUUCGACUCCAUAUCCUUUACCGCCAUGACCUGCACUAUGGGAGUCUACGUGAACUGGAUCGAGUAUCCCAACAGUGGUUGGGAUUCGCCCAAAGAUGAACAUGGAGCAAGUCCCGGAUGCAGCGGCCAGGUUUCCCCAAACCAAAACAGCACCAUCACCUGCGGCAAAACAGGUCUUCACUACACCGUUCAUCCCGCCGUUUGGGGGGAGUGCAGCCGAGCAGAGAUUUGCGAUGUGCAAGGCGUGUCGCAUCUUCAAUUGAUAACAGGCACUCAAGUGGACUAUGAUUGGAGUCCCGGGGAGUGGACCACUUGCUCUGAAACAUGUGGCCCUGGCACCAAGACCCGCAGCGUCUCGUGCUCGCCGGACCCUGGAUAUUGCAAUCAAAACGACAAGCCCUCGACGACAGAUGAUUGCAACCUCGCAAGCUGCCAGUGGGAAAUCCAACGCUGGGGUGCGUGUUCGCAUCUCUGUGGGGGUGGUGAGCGGAACAGAGUUGUCACAUGUCCACGAGAUGAUUCUUACUGCACUGAAAGCAAGCCAGCUACCACAGAGGCCUGCAAUGAACAGAACUGCUCCGCCACAACGGAGGCUUUUGCUGGUGAAGCUGAUGAUCCGAGUUCAGUACCCGACGAUCUGGUUGUCCCUUUAUUGACUCCUAUCGGAAGCGGAAUUUUUGGCAUUUUCCUGGGUGCCUGCGCCGCCUAUUUUUGCUGCCGCAAAAAGGACGGGCCAAAGCCCAACCGCACCUGGCUUGAUGAUGACCAUAUCCCCAACGAGCGCUUCCCUUACGGCAACGGAUCCAAAGUGGCCAUGUUCUCCGCUAGGUUUGACGGUGGUGAGACAGAACGCAAAUUUCGAGAUGUGCAUCGUAUAUUGCAACAAUAUGAGUACGAUGUUCUCAUGGUGAGUUCUGAUCACGGUGACGACUCUGGAGUGCUGACGAGGAAAUACUUGCAUCGGCUGAAACAAGAGGAUGGAGUUAUGUUGGCCGUAUGCACUCCGCACUAUGGUGAAGUGACUGCUUCGAAGUUCUCCAGCAACUUUGAGCUUGGAUAUGCCAUGGAUAAUUGCAUCAAAGUGCUGCCACUCCAAACGCAUGACCAAUUUCCACCGCGUCCGCCGGCCGGACCUGAGCAUGCGUUUGACAAAGACAGAAUUGCACAAGGUUACAUCAGUGCCGUGUUCAUGGCCAGUGUUGCGCGACUAGAUUGCCUAGAUUGCCGGAGCAUCUCCGAUGAAGAAAUCGCUUUGCACAUCGCCACGUGCUUGCAGACCGAAGGAGAUGGCUUUGUGACUUUGAGGUUCAACGGGAUGCGUACUCCGCCUCAACCGCCUGCUGAUUUCAGUGUCGCUCCGCCUCAACCACUGCCUGCUGAGCUGUUCAGAGCCCCUAGCAAAGUUGGAUGUGAGCGCGCAUAGAUUCUUGCGCUGAAGGUCUUUGGAUGCAGCGUGCCCAAAGCAGGCAUUGCUUACAAGCUUUUCCAGCCAGUUGCAAAGCAACUUGCACUCUGUGAAGCUCAACACGCUUCAUUGUUGUUGAAGACGCCAACUGCCAGUUGCGCAGCAACUUGCGCUCUGUGAAGUUGAAGACGCCAACCAUACGCGCAAUAUGCGCGUGCUUAGUCAGAUUCUUUGCAGCUGUGAGGAGUUGUUUCUUGAAUUAUUCCAGCAGUUGCAGAGGGGGCCACGCACUGGCCUACGCGCGCCCCAAAGAUAGGCAAUGUGAAGGCAGCGAGAAGAAA